UUGUGUGCGAUAACAACAUACAAAAAUCGAUUGCAUUGAGCUGGUAAUCGAAUAGUACUAGUUGUAUCAUUCUCCACGCUGACAAAAUUCAGAGAAAUUAGAAGUCGUCGCUUUGGGUUUUCUGAUAAAAAUUGUAACUUGGCAUAUUUAAAAACGCAAGUGCAGAGUUAAGUUGCUGCGAAGUACUACCAAUCAUCCAAUACACACAGCAUACAGUGCUGCAACGUGCAACGAAAUCAACAGCAACAACAAAAUUUGCUGCAGCUGCCCUUGGCAACAAGUAGAAAUUGUCUUCCCUCCGUAUCCGUCAUGCAGAACUCAAGAUCGAGAGGCUCAUCGUAUAGGCCACAUCGUCGGCCAGCUGGGGCCCCUCCAACAGUCAAUGCCAAGUCGAAUGAAUCCAGCACGAAAGUAAACCACGAGGCCAACGCUGCCAAUCAAGCGGUCAACGAUGAUAACGCUUGCGUCGUUUGCUUCAAAAACUUUGAUAUUUACUCGAUUGGGGAUUGCGAUCAUCCCGUUUGCUACGAGUGCUCCACACGCAUGAGGGUGCUUUGCCAGCAAAACGAGUGCCCCAUUUGUCGCCAUGUUCUCUCCAAGGUUUUGUUUACGCUGGAGAAGCUGCCGUACCGGGAACUGGAGGCGAACAAUCGCUGCGAUUUCUAUAGUAAAAAAUAUCGCAUUGGCUUCUGCAGCGCUGAAAUCCAACAGAAAUUCUAUGAGCUACUCAAUCAUCCAUGUCCCAUCUGCGAUGCGCCUCCAUAUCGCACCUUUGAUGCACUGCGCGAUCAUGUCCGGCGCGAGCAUCACAUGUACUUCUGCGAUCUGUGCGUGGAAACGCUGAAGAUCUUCACGUUCGAGCGACGCUGCUACACACAAGCGGAACUGGUCAUCCACAAUGCCAAGGGUGAUCCGGACAACACAUCGCAUCGUGGGCAUCCAUUGUGCGAGUAUUGCAAUGAGCGAUACGUGGAUCGCGAUGAACUCUUUCGUCAUUUGCGACGCAAUCAUUACUUCUGUCACUUUUGCGAUGCCGAUGGUGGCAAUGAUUUUUACAACGUCUACGCGGAUUUGGCGGAUCACUUUCGGAAGGAGCACUUUCUGUGCGAGGAGGGCAAAUGCGCCACGGAGGAGUUUACGGGCGCCUUUCGCAACGAGAUUGAGUACAAAGCGCAUGUGGCCAGUGUCCAUGGGAAGACGCUCAACAAGCAGCAGGUGAAACAGACCCGCACACUGCAAUUGGAGAUUACGCUGGGACCACGCGGUCGUCGCGGCCAAAACGAACAAAACAUGACCAACAUGAGAUCACGCAAUGAGGAUAAUCAGCAGGACUAUUUGGAUGAGUUACCCAUGAGCAGCGCGCAGCGCAGUAAUCCGGUGACAAUUGAUGCAGGCAACGAGGAGGAGUUUCCCAUGCUCGCAGGCAUUACGCCGGGUCCGAAUGUUUCUCUGGUCAGGGCACCGCCGCCGUCCAUGCGUAACAUAAGCGGCUCCUCGGGUCUGGCACGCACCAAAGAGAACUUUCCGGCUCUGGGCGCGGCGGCUGGUGGCAGCAUAUCCACAAUUAGUGGCGCCUAUGCCAACGCCCGAGCCGCUCAGUUCCAACAGCCUGCUGCGGCAUCCUUCAAGAAGUCAGCGCAUGCUGCAGCUGCAGCUGGCGCUACUGGUGGUGGUGUUGUGGCACGUGCCAAUGCACCAGCGAAUGGUAUGUUGUUGCAUGUCUCGAAUCGACCUGCAUCGCGAGCUGGUGCUGCCAGCGGAAGCAAGAAAUCCACACCGGACAUGGACUUUCCAGCGUUGCGCGGCUGCAAAGGCAAGAAACUGGCACGCAAUCUGGACGAGGACAUGCUGCCGAGUGACUCGACGGUGCCCAUGACAAUAAUGGCAGCCAAGCAUCGAUCACUGAUGGAUGACUAUGUUUCAGUGGCGCAUCCGAGCACCCAUCAAAAGCUGCAAAUGGUACAAAAAGAAGAGUCCGAGGCUAAGGCGCGCAUAGAGGCGCUCAAGAAGAGUGCGCCCAAGUUGACGGCCCUCGAAUUUCCCAUGCUGGGUCCGAGCAGCACCAAAACAGUAACGGGAGCAGCAGCUCCAUUGGGUGCUAAGCCUAAUGGUGGCAAUCUAAACUGGUCCAAGCCCAUCUCGGAGAAGAAGCAAAAGGAUUUGGAUAAUCGCAAAUCGAAAGUGGCUCCAGCGCCCUUAUUGCCCAGUCCCAUGGGCAGCACCAAAGCCCUAAAUAGCACCAGCAGCAAUAAGAACAACGGUAACAAUCAGGAUUCAUCAAGUAAGAAGGAUAAGAAAUCAAAAGAUAAGAAACCCAUUCAGGAAACUCAGCCCAAAGCCAACAAGCAAAAGGAGAAGAACAACAAUAAUACAAAGAAUAAUAAUAAUAACAACAACAUCAACAGCAGCGAUGAUAAACAGCAGUUGUCCAACUCCAAUGGCAAUUUGUCGAGCAUUCUGCGUGCACCGCCUGGUCUAAGCUCUGCCGCUGCACCAACGGUUAAGCCACCGCCUGGCUUCAUGUCCAACGUCACCGUCAACUCGGUAGCAAAGCUACCCAAUAAUCUAACUUUCACUAGCUCGAUGGGCGAAAAUUACAGUAUUGUGCCCACUGCCUGUAGCUACACGGAUCCUCCAGACACCACCAACAGAAAUCAAAGCUUGGUGGAUCAGCUGCGCGAGAUGCUUAAAACACCCGAGGCUUUCACAGAAUUUCGUUUACUCUCCUCCCGAUUUCGGGAAGGCACCUGUUCCGGCCAAGCUUACUACGAUCACUGCAAAUCUGCGAUGGCGAGCAAUUUUCACAUCCUGUUUCCGGAACUCUUAGUGAUGCUGCCGGACAUUGGCAAACAACAGGAACUGUAUCUCGUGCAUAAGCAAUAUGUGAACUCACUGUCGCCCGCACUGCUCGUUUCGGUGCCCCGCUUGGAGGUGUGCAGCUGUUGCAAGCAAGUCGUUGCGCCCAGCGAUGUUGCCAGCCAUCAGGAAUCGCAUAUGCUAACAAAGAAGUUUCCCACACUUGGCAGUGCAGGCCUAAACAAUGGGCCCAACGCAGCAGCCAAGCAUGCGCAACAGAAAUAAACAAGAACACCAAUCAUGAACAACAACGAUUAAUUGCUAAGCAAUGCUUUCUGUAUGUAUGUAAUUAAUUGAAUCGGUUGUAGCUCGCGAGCCCAUUGUAAACAAAAUCAAAUGAAAACAAAAAAAAAAAUCAAUGUACACAGAAAAUGAACUCUUUUAUGUGAAAGUAGCUUAAAUGUAUGUAUUCUAUGUAUAAUUAGGCCCUAUAAAUUAACGCUGUUGCAUCUAAAACGUUUGAAACGUUUCGUUAACAUCUGCCACCUACAUGCCGUUUUUGUUUUCUUUCUUUUUUAAGUUUUAUCGAGUGAGCUUGUGUAUAAAGUAAACAAUUCUGAAUAAAGUGCAAAACAAUCUAAUUGCAAUUCAAACUA